AUGCCUUUGCUCACAGUUCCAAGGCGUGCGCCAUGUCGUCUAACCACACUCGUACUCCGAUUCAAACACAUACAGUCGAGUCCCCCAGACCGCUUGUCGACAGAUGACUGGUCCUCUCUCCCAGAUGAAUAUUUCAUGUCAAAGAACAACUCCAUGGAAUACCUGUUGGUCUCGAUAAUUGUAACAAGUUCUUUUUUACAACGCCGCCGCCAUCCUUCAUUCGAGAAAGAAGCCGACAUGGGCUCUAUGACUUCUCCUCGCGUAUCGUCCAACCAUCACCUCUUGCACUCGUCUCACGAAAUGUAUCCUUUGCCGCUUUCGCUGCUCAAGAGACUGGCGCUGCGCCGCGAAUCCAAAAAGAGGUCUUCGCACUCGGCCACGUCCUGGACGUCGAUUUGGCUGCGGCCGUUUGCCUUGGAAAGAAUGCUUUCAUUGGGGUUAGCUCACUUGUCUCACACUAGCCGGUCGAUCCAUGGUCCACAACAGAGAGGGGAUGGGGGAAUGGCUUUAGGGAUGAAGCAAAGGCGGUGGGAAACAGGGCAAUGUUGUCAUGGUUUGGUUCACCGUAGACUCACCUGGCGGGUGUCAACAGCUGCAGGCAGUACCGCAAGCUGA